AUGAGAAACCAGAUCACAAGCUUUGUACAGAAGGAAGGAGAGUCACUUUAUGAAGCUUGGGAACGCUACAAGGAAUUAUUGAGGAUGUGUCCUCACCGUGGACUGGAGAAGUGGUUAAUUGUUCACACCUUCUAUAAUGGGCUCACUUACAACACACGGAUGACUGUUGAUGCUGCUGCAGGAGGAGCUUUGAUGAACAAAACAAUAGACGAGGCAUACACUCUCAUUGAAGACAUGGCUCAGAAUCACUAUCAAUGGGCAAACGAGCGUGCUCCUCAGACAUCAAAAGGAGGCAAGUAUGAAAUAGAUGCUUUAGACCAUAUAUCAUCUAAAGUUGAUGCUUUAUUUAAGAAAGUCGAAGGCUUGAGUAUUAAUUCUGUGGCGUCUACUUCAAUUUCGUGUGAGAUAUGUGGCUAUGUGGGUCAUUCUGCACUUCAAUGUCAAUUAGGAAACCCCCCAUCCAUUGAUACUUCUGGUAAUGAGCAAGUUAACUAUGUUAAUAACUUUAAUCAGAAGGGAGACCCAUUCUCCAAUACUUAUAAUCCGGGGUGGAGGAAUCAUCCUAAUUUUUCUUAUAGAAACCCACCUGGAAAUCCCAUGCCUGCAUCUAAUUUUGGUCCACCUGGUUUUCGUGCUCCUCAAUCCAAUUUCCCUUCUCAAAAGUCAAAUUUGGAAAAUAUGAUGGAGAAGUUUGUGACGACUCAAUCAAAAUUGAAUGAAGAGUUUAAGCAGCAACAACAAACCACGAAUGAGGUGGUAAAACAAUUGGCCUCUAAGAUGGAUUCCCUAGCUACGCAUAACAAGAUGUUAGAGACACAAGUCACCCAAUUGGCACAAAAUGUUAGCUCUUCCUCUAGGCCUUCAGGCAUGCUACUUGGACAACCCGAGACAAAUUCCAGGAGUCAUGUGAAUGCUAUAACUCUUAGAAGUGGAAAACAAUAUGAGGGACCCAAGAUGAAGGAAAAUGAUGGGGUGGAUGGUCAUCAUGAAGAAAAAAAAUGA